AUGAACGACUUCACCUGGAGAAGCCUCUGGACUAAGAUCGGUCAACUUCUUUCUCUGAGGAUGGUCAAGGCCUUUUCAUUCCAGCUUUUUUCUGACAUAUCCCUUCGCCAUCCAGCAUCGCUGUCAACACCACCCUCAACCCCAAAGCCGACGCCCGAUACGUCCCCGUCGACGGACUUCGACAUAGUCGCCUUCUACAAUGACUUGAUCAGCCGCGACCCGACCAUCACGCCCCCUAUCGCGGCGAUCGAAUCGCUCACCUCGUUGCUUGCCAGCACACCGCUGACCACCAUCUCCGAAACUCUGGCCUUACUAUCCACGCAUUCGAGCAAACUCCUCGCGUCCCAACGCAACCCGAUCCCGCUAUCCGCCGGCACAGAGCUAUUCCAGCGAUACCUAGUAAGCUCGUUUCAACAGCGGCCGUCCUCCCUUGCCAGCUCCGACUUCACCGCUCUCCGCCACCACAUCCUCAGCAACUCGUCCCUGUUCGUCAAACGCGCCAACGAAGCCCGGCCCAAAAUCGCACAGCACGCUCUCCCUUUCAUCAAGGAUGACUCGACCAUUAUCACCUACGGCUACAGUCGCGCCGUGCAGGCCCUUCUUACCCAUGCGGCCGAAUCGAACCGCUCUUUCAAUGUCAUCUAUGUCUUACCCGCGACGGGGCUGAGUGAGCGGGUGUCGAAGUUCAUCGCGGCCCUUAAUGAUCUUUCUAUCCCGACUGCGACUAUCUCUAUGCAGGCUUUGAUCUACGCAUUGGCUUCACUCGCCCCAUCGGCACCGCCGCCACAAUUCAUCAUAGGCGCCGCAGCCGUCCUGGAAAACGGCUCCAUCAUCACCGAGCUUGGCAUGCACCAGCUGGCGCUGAUCGCCAAAUCCGUUUCCGUCCCGCUCCACGUUGCAGUGGAAUCAUACAAGUUCGUCCGCAACUUCCCUCUGGGCUAUGGACCUACCGACCUGGCACGACUGGGUGUCAGGCAGAACGUUUUGCAAUUCGGCACCGGCACUCCGAACUCUGACCCGAAACCCGAGGCUGCCACAGCAGACGAGGGCAAGGUCUUAACGACAGAAGCCGAGAUGGUUGAGAUCACGCCCCCAAAUCUGAUAUCUGCCCUGAUCACGGAGAACGGGAUCAUGUCUCCCAACGCCGUGAGCGAGGAAUUGAUCAAGCUAUGGUUCUGA